CCCAUCAGUGUUUUCCUUACAAACGAGGGAUCACCUAUUUGGAUAUAGCAUACUCUCUAAUAAGCAGCAGUUGAGUAGGCAUACGUGUACGUUUACGCGUUUUGAGGACAGGAACAGUUAAUCCAAAAUAUUUUGUAUUACUUUGAGAAACUUUAGACAAAGCGUAUUGAACAGUAGCCUACACAAUAGCGAUCUCACGCGUGGGAACUUUAAACAGGCUUUAAAUCGACCUUCCAUUAAACCAGUUCAGAUUCAAUCAAAUUCUAAAUGAGAAAUCCAAAACGUUAUACGCAUUGAUAAAUAUAGUUGAACUGAACAGAGUUUACGUAUGUUUGUUCGGUGGCUUUUACACGCUCCAGGCGAGUAGCGCUAAAGCCAGUGAAUAAGAUGCAACCACCUGCUUUUUGAAUAGAACCUGCAUUUUAAUUUACGUACGUUUUCGAAAAGGCAUGGCGUGAACACGGCGAAGGGACAUCCAAAAGAAAGGGUUCUUGCUUAUCCAUGGACUAAUUCAACUGUGUUCAACUCAAGAGAAAGUGCCUCAAGCAAGGUUGGGGGAUGUGUGACGGUGUGUGACGGUGUGUGAGGAGUGGCCAUGGGACUGGACAGACUGUGGCUUCUGGGUGUCACCACGGCUGUCGCCCUCUGUCUGCUACGUACAUCGCAGGGUGUGGAGGCGUUGGUGCGUGCCAGGGUGGGGGGCUCUGCAGAACUGGCCUGCAGCCUCACCCCUCCUUCUGGCAGGGCCACCACCCCCAACCUGUUCCCCCUGCACGUUGUGGAGUGGGUACGGCUCGGAUACAACGUCCCCAUCCUCAUCAAGUUUGGCGUCUACGCUCCGCGGGUCCAUCCCAACUACAAGGGCCGUGUGUCUCUGACUCGAGGGGCCUCUCUGCUGGUGGAGGGGCUGAGCCUGGAGGACGAGGGCUGGUUUGAGUGUCGCAUCCUGCUCCUGGACCACACCGCCGACGACCUCCGCAAUGGGACCUGGACCUUCCUGUCCAUCACAGCCCCGCCCGUGUUUAUUCAGACUCCUCCCACGUUCGUGGAGGUUCUGCAGGGGGACUCUGUGACUCUCAGCUGCGGGGCCCACGGGAACCCUCGUCCAAUCGUCGUCUGGCACAAAGACAAGACCCCCAUUGUGAAACAUGCCAAGAUUAAGGUGCUCAAUGGCACCUUGUCUGUGGCCACGGCCAGCAGAGAGACAUCAGGAACAUACAUGUGCCACGUGUCCAACACGGAGGGGAACAUCACCCAUGUCACGCAGCUGCAGGUCAAAGGUCCUCCCAUCAUCCUCAUCUCCCCAGAGGACACCACCCUCAACAUGUCCCAGGAUGCCCUUCUGCAGUGCCAGGCCGACGCCUACCCCUCCAACCUCACGUACGAGUGGUGGAAACACGGGGAGAACGUCUACCACAUAGAACAUCUUAAGUCACGUGUGAAGAUCUUAGUAGAUGGCACUCUCCUCAUUCCAAAUCUCGUACCAGAGGACGCUGGGAAUUACACGUGCGUUCCGACCAAUGGCAUUCUGACUCCGCCCUCCGCAUCCGCCCGGCUGAAAGUAAAACACCCAGCCAGGGUGGGGAGGAUGCAAAGAGAGACCUACCUCCCUGCAGGCAUGGAGGGAGUCAUCGCCUGCCCCGUCCAGGCCGACCCCCCCGCCAUCUACGUCAACUGGACCAAAGACGGAAACCUGCUGGACCUUGACAACUUUCCUGGCUGGAUGGUGAACAACGAGGGCUCGGUGUUUAUAGCGACAGCCAAUGACGACGCUGUAGGGAUGUACACCUGCACGGCCUACAACAGCUACGGCACCAUGGGUCAGUCAGGCCCCACCAACGUGCUGCUGAAGGACCCGCCCUCGUUCCGGGUGCCCCCCCGUGAUGAGUACCUCCAAGAGGUGGGCCGAGAGCUGGUCGUGCCCUGCGAGGCCAACGGAGACCCCGCCCCCAACAUCACAUGGAGCAAGAUCGGGCCGUUCCCCCGCUCCGCCUUCACGGUGCUGGCCAACGGCUCUCUCCUGCUCCAGCCCCUCAGCAAGGACCACCAGGGGGCCUGGGCGUGCUACGCCACCAACCGCGUAGCCACGGUCAGCGCAAGCACCGUCAUCAUGGUGCUGGGCACCAGUCCUCACACUGCGGCCUCGGUGUCUGUCAGCACAGGGCUGAACCAGGCCAAUGUGUCCUGGGAGCCUGGGUUUGAUGGGGGAUACACACAGAAGUUCACCGUCUGGGUGAAGCAGGCCUCCAGAGGGAAGCACGAGUGGUCGUCUCUGCCCGUGCCCACAUCCAAGACCUACCUCCUGGUGACGGGCCUGCUUUCGGGGACCGGCUACCAGUUCAGCGUGCUCCCCCAGAACAAGCUGGGCUCCGGGCCCUUCAGUGAGAUCGUCAGCGUCCGGACCCAGGUUCUCCCCACAGAACCCCCCACCGAGGUGACCACCCCCCCAUAUCUGGAGCCUCCAGAGAUCCUGUCAGCCAACAGAACAGCCCAGGGAGUGCUGCUGCUGUGGGCCCCCCCUGAGGCCCCCUCCUCCCCCCUGACUGGGUACCUCCUCCAGGCCAGGAGGGACCGGGCCCAGUGGGUCAUCAUCAACGACGCGCUGGGCGCCAACCAGACUCAGCUUCUGGUUCAGGGGCUCCUCCGGGAUUCCAACUAUGACUUGAGACUGAUGUCGCGCAGCAACAAACUGCUGAGCGAGCCCAGUGACUCAGUCAACGUGUCCACUACAGGUAUGGACAUGUACCCAGUCCGGCCUGGCUUCCUGGAGUUUGUCCCCGAGCCCCUAUUGGCCGGCGUGCUGGGUGGAGUGUGCUUCCUGUUCGUGGCUAUCAUCCUCUCCUUGGUGACAGCUUGCUUCAUGACUCACCGAAGACACCGUCGGCGCAGGAAGAGGAGAGAAGAUCUCCCCUCUGCCUUCCAGAAGAGCUUGUCUCCACAAGCCCGCUCUCCUUCUGACAGCCCAGACAGCGUCCUGAAGCUCAAGUUUUGCCCCCCGCUCUCCUUCUUCCCCAACUCCUCCUCCUCUCAGUCGGACCGCUCCUCCUUCGACAAAGGGAGCCGAGGGGAGUACCAGGACCAGCGGAGGCAGCUGCUGUCCAGCUCCUCUCCCCCUCCACACUACACCCUGUUUGAGAGCCACCUGGGAUGCCAGGCCUCCUCUCCCACGGCCCUGGAGUCCAUCACCAGAGGCCCCGAUGGACGCUUCAUAGUCCAGCCCCUCCCGGAAGGUUCCAGCCCGUCCAGCAAGAAGGGCUCCAAGAAGGACUUCCUGCAGAACGGCGGAGAGGGCAGUGGCUCCGGGAGCAACCGGACUUCCUUCAGGGACUCUCCCAAGUCCAGCACUCUGAACUCGGAGAAGGAGGAGCAGAAGGCCUCGCCCCUGACCGUGGAGGAGGCUGACCCCAGUAGGGCCCCACACUCCCCCGGCAGGGUGAGGGCCAUGGCCAGGAACUUCUCCCGGCACGGCUGCUUCUACUCGGACGACGAGCAGGGCUCCGAGGCUCUGCUGGAGAGAGCCAGCUUCUACUCGGACAACGGCGAGAAGCGAGACUCCCUGAAGAGGUGCCACGCGCUCGGGUACGCGGACGACCUGCUGCCCGGCCUGGCCAGCAGAGACCGGCUGCCGGAGAGGGAGAGAGACCGGCCUCACCCCUCGGGAUACCAUCCAGUGGAGGGAGACUCCAGCACACUGGUGUCUCGCCUGGACGGCAGCGACCCGGAGAGGGACAGCGUUCGAAAGCGCCAGCAACUGGCUCGGGAGAGGGAGGAGAUAGAGCGGGAGUUGGAGAGCUACACAGCCAAUCCGAGGCAGCCCGAGAAGGCGGGCGGUCCUAUCGGGGAAGGGGGCGGGGCCGAGGCGGAGGAUCCCAUUUGGAAGCAGCAGGAAAUACCCCUGCGCCAUAAAUCCCACCGCGCCUCGGGGCAGACGACGCGGGCGUCCGACUACAGGAGGGCCUGCUACUUCGGGAACACCAGCAGCCCCAUGGACCGUGUCCCCUCCUCCUGCAUACAGUGGGACAUCAGCCCAGUGACUUCCGUCACCACCCACAUUCCAGCCCAGCGUCCCAUUGAGAGCCCCGCAGCCAGGGCCCCUCACACACCGCAGGCUGACCCGGCGAGGGACUCCCCUCCGGUCGACUCCUCCCACUCUCCAGUCACCCAGUGCACAUCCCUCUACCUCCUGUCCCAGAACCUCAGUGCAGAGAGCCCGCCUCUCUGCUUGGGGAACCCCAGGCCGCCGAGCAGGGCCAGGUCCGGGAGCCCGGACAGGGAGGCAGAGUCACUCCGCAGGAGGUCCAUGGUUGAGGGCGGCUGGAAGGGAAAGGCAGAACCGGGAGGAGGGGCCUUGAAGACCAGGUCUUCCUACGCUUAUGGCACACAGCAGCCAGAGCUAGCGAGGGAGGGGGGCCAAGCUGGGACCGACAGGGAGCUGGAUGUUAGUCCAGGUCAGUCUUACCUAGAGACCACACGGUACGGCCUGUCUGGAAAUAGAGAGGCUGAGCAGACUGAGGCAAGAGACCCCGGGGGGCACAGUCCCUCUAGCUACGACACCUUGCCCUAUGACCUCCAUAGAAUAGGGACCAAGGUCCCAGUGCGCGACGAUAAGAGUGAAGACGACCGCCGCGCUUCACUGUUGUACUCCGAGAUGGAGCGAGAGGGGGUCCGAGCUCGCUCCAGGAGGAGCGACUGUCUGUUCGGCGAGAGCUCCAGCCGUAUCUCGCCGCUGACCCUGGUGGAGGAGUGUGACAGCGACCAGUCUCACUUCUCGGUCGCUCGCAUGUCCGGGUCGUUCAAAACCAAGCCGGCCGCCCAGCCUCCCAAGAUGUCUCCGCUGCAGACGAGCGCCAUUCUGGAGUACCUCAGUCUCCCCGGGUUCAUAGAGAUGAGCGUGGACGACCCCGGGGAGGAGAGCGCGCUGCCAGACUCGUCCAGCCGGCUGACAGAGCUGAAGCCGGAGGGCUCUCUGGUGGGGAAGCCGGACGUGGUUCCAGAGAACUGGGAGGUUCACGUUCAGGAGAGACGAGCGACGCCUUCCAGCCAGAAAACGGUUUCUUUCGAGGAGACCGCCUCGAGUUCAAGAGACGACGAGAAGCCACAGUACAGACGCAAUCUGUCUGUCACCGGAGAGAUGGGCCUCAGAGAAGGAUGUUCUGACAAGACUAAGAGACCAUCACCUGCCUCAUUGCAUCCGAGCAAAUACCAUUACUCACAACCUCCAAGUAGUUCAGAGGGACCCCAUUCCAGACGUAGCCCAGGUUUAGCCCAGACGUUGGCUAGCGCAGCCAGAAGCAUGGCAGACAUCGUUUCGAAACACUCAGACGGUUUCGAAGAUCGACCCGAGUCCGCCGCAGAACAAUCCCAAAGACAUUAUCCUCAGGGCAACCAGACGAACAAAAUCACCUCGCGGAUCUAUCAAGUUCCUGUGCCAUUCAUGAGGAAAUCUCUUAGCAUAGGCCCCUGUCGAACCCUGUCGGGCAUGGGUCAGCCUCGACCCUUCCUGAAGAAAUCUACCAGCUUAGGGUCCCAGAAAUGGGAACACUUUGAGAGCCCGCGGACCUACAUCUCUGAGAAGUGUUACUGGGAUGAGUUACCCAACCCGGAUGUCCGGGUCAAGUCCUACAGCCUGGGCCGCACGCCGGCUUCCUUCCCCAGGCCCGGUCUCUCCUGGAGAGAGUCGGCCCUGCGGCCCAGCGCUGGCAGCUUGGAGAGGCCCCACCACGCUGACAGAGCCCUCCCUAGCCCCUCCUACCUCACUCCUACCAUGUGCCCACCCAGUCACACCUCAGGCUGGGGGAGACGAGAGUUGUACGACCCUCGACGCCAAGCCGCUGCUUUCCAUGACCCCUCACGGUGGCCCGUUACAUAUCACCACGAAGCCUUGAGGGCUGGGCAGCACAAAUAUGUCCCACUGGACUCAUCAAUACCCCAGUACCCACCCAGGCCUAGCUCUAGGGGCCCCCCUGACACCUCAAUGCCCCACUACCCACCCCGGCCUAGCUCUAGGGGCCCCCCUGACACCUCAAUGCCCCACUACCCACCCCGGCCUAGCUCUAGGGGCCCCCCUGACACCUCAAUGCCCCACUACCCACCCCGGCCUAGCUCUAGGGGCCCCCCUGACACCUCAAUGCCCAACUACCCACCCCGGCCUAGCUCUAGGGGCCCCCCUGACACCUCAAUGCCCCACUACCCACUUAGGCCAACCUCCAGGGGGCCCCCUGACUCUUCUAUACUCCACUACCAACCCAGACCGAGCUCCAGGGGUCCCAUAGAACCCCAGGGGCCUCCCAGGGUUCCGCCAAGGUCCUACCUGCCCAGGAUGUACAGCUGGCCAUCUCCCCACCAUGCCCCCGUCCCCCCCAGGGAUUCGGAGGGUCCGAGGGAGGCAGAGAGAGGGCUGGGGAGGGGGCCAGAGGCCGAGGCCCGAGAGACCCGGGAGGGAGGCCGGACCAGCUACGCCAGCCAGAGCAGUGGCAGAGGUAGUGUGGGCCUCCUCAGGCAGUCUCUCUCCAUCACCCCCACCCUCCUCAGCUCCCCGGAGACCACGGAGGAGAGCGAGAGACACAGAGCCGAGAUGGAGCUACGUGAGAGGCGAGCGAAAAGAAGGAACACAUCAGUAGAUGAGAGUUAUGAGUGGGAUUCAGCUGAUGUCUGUGUGGAUUCGGAAGUCCUGGAGGCCAUGAGGCUCGAUCAGAGAGGGGUCGGGAAGGGCAGGGGGGAGUUCAGACACCAUCCACCCCUCUCUGAAGCUGGCCUCCAGGACCUACAGAGGAAAGGGAUUUCAAAGAAAGGAACCAAAUAACUGUCUGUUCACACAGAAGACCAUGAGCUAUGCUGUCGCACCUCACUGGACCUGUCUCUCCCCCCACACACCCUAUUGGUACUAAAUCCAGGUUUGCUGAACCACUGUGAUACUAACAUCUCCAAAUGAACGAGGCAGACAAUGCUCAUAGUUCAAACACUUCUAGGUUCAACCCGGGUUUUUGAAACAGAAGUGCUUGAGUCUGUUGUGAGCCUGUGGUACCUGAUGUUGAAUAUUUGAAAGUCAUGGAAUGAUGUGGUUUGAAUACGGGACAGCUUUUGACUGGGGUCUGACCGUCAAUAAAACAAAGUGUCUUUGGGUUUUCCACGUGCAUGUAGACAAUCAAAACACAGAAGGCUUUCGUUACGAACAUCUUUUGAAGAGUCUGCCUAUUGAAAUCCAGAACUCACACUGACCCACAGACUAACCAGCAGCAUCGAAGACCUGUGCCUGUAUCAGGACUUGAAAUACUCGACCAAAAUCACAAGGUGUUUUCCUUUAAUCUCUUUUAUUGUAUAUAGAUGAUAAUCGAGUACCUUACAUCCAAGCAACUCUUUGGUCCAAAGGACUUUGAGUAUGUGACAACAUCUGGGUCUGUGUUUGCAUUCCUUGUCCAAACAGAGCAGAACCCAUCUCAUUGAAUUGUUCCCCUUAGCACCCCCUACUGGUAAAUGUCAUGUACUUCCUCUCACUGAGGCUAUGGUAGGUCAAAGUGUUGUUUUUUUACCCUUGAUUAAAAAAAUCGUACAUACCAUGUACUAGGUGUUUCUCUCCAAAUGACAAGAAUAAUAACCAGGGUUUUUUGUAAAGUAAAAAUUACACGAACAGCAAAGUAAGAAUGGAAACAUUCAAAACACACCUCUGUCUGUGCAAUAGUUUUUAUUUGAUACUUUGAUCAUUAUUAUUGCUGUCCACUCCACCCUCAUUGUUAUGAUCAAGUUAUGACAUUCUAACAUAAACCAUUUGCUUCAUCUGUAUAAAAUAUAUUUGUAUGUUUUUAUGACACCACAGUAAGGCCAUUGUAUUAUUUUUCACCUCAACUUAAACCUAGCCCUUUGAGGUGAGAUGUGAGAUGUUCCUCUGCUCUACACUCUCCUAUUCUUGCCUGUAUACUGUGGAUUACAGUCAUCUUCCAGUGAAUGCCAACCAAGUAAACAUACUGUAACAUCACCUAAAUCACAAACUAUCUUCGAAGUUAAGGAAUGAAAUUAGGGUAUGAGAUUACGACUCUCUGUACUUUGUUUUUGAAUCGCAGGCAUCAUUGAGGAGUUGUUUAUUUAUUAAGGAGGGUUUUGAAUUGCAGCAAUGUUUACAAAAUCACAUUAUCAAUGUGAGAACAACACUGUGAAUGUUUCAUUAAGCUGGCUUUUAAUGUAUGAGUUAGGAGUCUCCUUAUAUUGUUGUAAAUGUCAUGCCCAAAAAUUGUGUUUGCGUGAUGACAAAUGCUGUACUGUUGUACUUUACAGUGAACAGUUUUUUUUUUAUACACAGUAUAUAUAAUUUCUGAAAAAAGAAAGAAUGAAAGCCUGUAUUACUGAAAAUGCAGCUGUAUAUCUGUAGUCAGUUGCUGUUUUUUAAGAUGUAUUUUGGUGUUUUGUACAAACUGGAACAAAUUUUAUAUCUUGCCGUUUGGUUGCUGUCUUUGUCAUUUUUACAUGUUUGUAUUGAAUAAAUUGAUUUAUUCUAAAUGUACCAGAAAGGUUGUCAUAAUUCAACUACAUGAUUAUGGUUUGGAAUUCA